CAGGACCCGGACUCCUUUAGGCUAGUUCGUGGGCUGGGCCUGCUGGACUUUUCCGGUUACUGGAGGGGGCAGCGGACCAACAUGAGCCAGGUUCUGUUCCAGGACCUAGUCCCACUGCAGGUGAAAUGCAAAGACUGCGAGGAGAGGAGAGUAAGUGUUAGAGUGAGCAUUGAACUACAGUCAGUUUCCAAUCCAGUUCACAGAAAGGAUUUAGUUAUCCGUCUGACUGAUGAUACUGAUCCAUUUUUUCUAUAUAACCUUGUUAUUUCCGAGGAAGAUUUUCAGAGUUUAAAAUUCCAGCAAGGCCUUCUGGUAGACUUCUUAGCUUUCCCACAGAAAUUUAUAGAUCUCCUUCAGCAGUGUACUCAAGAACAAGCCAAAGAAAUUCCAAGGUUUUUGCUACAGUUAGUUUCUUCAUCACCUAUUUUGGAUAACUCACCUGCCUUUUUAAAUGUGGUAGAGACAAAUCCUUUUAAGCAUCUUACGCACCUCUCAUUAAAACUUUUACCUGGAAGUGAUGUGGAAAUAAAGAAGUUUUUAGCCAGCUGUUUGAAAUGUAGCAAGGAAGAAAAAUUAUCAUUGAUUCAAUCACUAGAUGAUGUUACUAGGCAACUGAAUUUCACACAAAAGACAUUAUCAGAAAAAAUCCAAGAAUUAGAUAAGUUGCAGAAUGAAUGGGCAUCACACACAGCUGCAUUGUCAAAUAAACAUUCCCAGGAACUGACGAAUGAGAAAGAAAAGGCCUUGCAGGCACAGGUCCAGUACCAACAGCAGCAUGAACAACAGAAAAAAGAUUUAGAAAUCCUCCAUCAACGAAACAUCCAGCAACUACAAAACAAAUUAUCUGAGUUAGAAACAGCUAAUAAAGACCUAACCGAAAGGAAAUAUAAAGGAGACUCUACCAUCAGAGAACUUAAAACAAAACUGUCUGGUGUUGAAGAGGAGCUCCAGCGGGCUAAGCAAGAAGUCCUCUCUUUGCGAAGAGAGAAUUCUACACUAGACGCAGAAUGCCACGAGAAAGAAAAGCAUAUUAAUCAGUUACAAACAAAAGUGGCUGUUUUAGAACAGGAAAUCAAGGAUAAGGACCAACUUGUUUUAAGAACAAAAGAAGCAUUUGAUACAAUCCAGGAACAAAAGGUGGCUUUAGAAGAGAAUGGUGAGAAAAAUCAGGUACAACUAGGAAAACUUGAAGCUACGAUAAAAUCCUUAUCAGCGGAACUUCUUAAGGCAAAUGAAAUUAUCAAGAAGCUACAGGGAGAUCUGAAAACUUUAAUGGGUAAAUUGAAACUGAAGAAUACAGUAACUAUUCAGCAAGAGAAGCUUUUGGCUGAGAAGGAAGACAAAUUACAAAAGGAACAAAAAGAAUUACAAGAUGUUGGACAGUCUCUCCGAAUUAAAGAGCAAGAGGUGUGCAAAUUACAAGAACAGUUAGAAGCUACCGUUCAAAAGCUUGAAGAAAGCAAACAGCUUCUAAAAAAUAAUGAAAAAUUAAUCACAUGGUUAAAUAAAGAACUAAAUGAAAAUCAGCUAGUGAGAAAGCAAGAUGGAUUGGGACCUUCUACCACUCCACCUGUACAUUCUAGCAGCAACAUAAUCAGAAGUGGGAUUUCUCCUAACUCAAAUGUGGUUGAUGGUAGACUUCCUUACCCAACUUGUGGGAUUGGUUAUCCUGUCUCCUCUGCAUUUGCAUUCCAAAAUACCUUUCCUCAUCCUAUAUCUGCCAAAAAUACCAUCCACCCAGUUUCAGGACCAAAGGUCCAGUUUAACUUGCAGUUUACAAAACCAAAUACACCUCUAGGAGAAGUUCAGUCAGGAACAACUGUUAGUAUGCCUUGCUCAACUGAUAAGGAAAAUGGUGCAAAUGUAGGGCUGGAAUCCAAAUACCUGAAGAAAAGGGAAGACAGCAUUCCUUUACGUGGGCUCAGCCAAAACCUGUUCAAUAAUCCAGACCAUCAAAAAGAUGGCACUUUAGGAGCAUUACAGACAUCUUCCAAAGCUGCAGUGCUCCCUUCUGCAUCUUCAGCAUACUUCCCUGGGCAGUUAACAAACAGUUAAUGCUAGUGUUGUCUUUAACUUUUUAUUGAAAUUUUAUAAAUUUCCAUGGUUUAAAAAUGUAUGAGCAGCAUAGAUCAAAAUUCUAAGCCAGCAAGUUUCCAAGUUUACUUGAGCUUACUGUAUUAGAUUGUUUGGCUCCUUUUUAACUCCUGCUGCCGUUCCACGGCAAGCUAGAGGAGCCAGUUUGUACUUGGGGGAUUCGGAGUGAAGAUUCUGAGUAAAUGACGCUUUUUAGUUUGUGAACAUGGUGUUUGAUAGAAUGAUAGUAUGAAUUUUAUUAAAUGAAUCCUUAGAAAUUCUCAGAAUUUCUGAGGGAAGAGUUGAUCCUAAUAAGAGACAUUGUAGUCAUUGAGGAUCUGGGUAAAUGAAAACCUGCUUAGAUAGAAUAUGAAACCAAAGACUAUCACUAAUUCAUUUUAUCAUUUCCAUUGGUAAAAUAAAAGUUUUAAGUUUGACAACUGAAAAUUAUGAGGGAAAAUGAUUAUCUCUAAAGAGAUCUAUAUUAUUGGUAUUUACAAUAAAGGGGAAAUCCUAAAAUUACCUUCAAUGAAAUUAAUCCUUCAUAGCAAGUAAUACUUUGCAGCAUCUUUAAAUUAGCUAUUGAACAAGUCUAACUAAUUCUGAUAAUUUUGAUAAAUUAGAAAAAUAAUUUGGACAAUGUAUUGUAUAACCUGAUUAAGUAUAAAGUGCUUUGAGCUACAAAGUUUAUAAGAUUUUAAUGCUUCCUGGAAAUCUAUACUUACCCAGUUUGUUAUUCAGUUAAAUCUGUAUUAGUGGAAUGUUUUAAAAAGUAGUACAUUACAGAGUACUUUAAGAGCAUCAUGAAUAUUCAUUGUUUUUUAUACUAUCAGUUCAUUUUAAUGUUUGCUUAAUAAGGUAGGCAAAGUGAGUAACUGCUAGAAGUUACAAUUUUAUUUUUCUUCUUUGUAACCAACCCAGUUUCAAGUAAGAAUUAUUUGGAGAAAAAUUAGGUUCUAAAAUUUCACCCAGACUCAAAGGGUCCCAUUUUGUUUUCUUACUUAUGAUCACCCAGUACAGAGUAGCAUUGUCUUAUGAAAUGUAUAAAUUGUUUAUAAGGAUUGCUAAUGCUCAUCUGAUAUUUAAAAAACUAUUUUCAAGGACCUUACUACAUAGAUUAGGAAAGAGAAUUCAAUAUAUGAAUAUCACUGUUAUUAGGUUUAUGGUAAGACAAAGAAUCUAGUAUUUGGUCAUAUUUUUCUGAAGCUGUGUUGGUAGUUGCAAGCAGUCUUAACUAGGGGAUUUAUUCUAAAAAAUUAAGUAACCAUUACUGGGUAGUUACUUUUAUGUAUGACUUGUCAUUUCAAUAUACUGUAUGAGUAUUAGUAAGAAUACUUGGUUACAGUAACUUGAAAGCAUUUAAUAAUCUAGAAAGUAGCCUCUUGGUGAUAUUAGAAUCUUUCCUGUAAAUAUUAUGUAAUAUAUAAAAACAUGACAGGGUUUGGAUGGGAUUUAGGGCAUACAGGUAGUUCUUUUUUAUUUGAAAUUGUUUUGCAGUGUACAGCUGUACAUGUGUUAAUAAUCACAAGGUUGUACUUAACGUAUUUCUAUAAACUGAGCUUUGUUAAAGUAUUUAUGGAGUAUGAUGUGUAUAUAAAAAUAAACAGCAUUGAUCUGCAGCUGUUGACAAUGCUUAGAAUUUAAGUACUUCCAUUUAA